AUGGCGGACGCCAGCCCGCAGGCGGAGAGGCCGAGGCUGAGGCGCCUGGAGUUCGUGCGCGUGGUGUCGGUGCAGGCGGCCGUGUGCAUCGCGGCGCUCUACGCGCUCGCCAGGGACCACUCCGGCUCGCUCCGCCCCAGAGUCGACGCCGUCGAGUCCGCCGUCAGGCGCGUCGCCGGCCCCGUCGCCCGCCGCCUCCACGGCGUCCCCCUCCACGUCCUCGCCUUCGUCGACCGCAAGGUGGACGACGCGGUGCAUGAGCUGGGCCGGCACCUCCCGUCGGCGGUGAAGUCCGCGUCGGCGCAGGCGUCCCACGCGGUCCACGCCGUGCCGGAGCUGGCCAGGGAGAUCGCCGACGGGGCGAGGCGGUCCGGCGUGAAGGGCGUGGCCAAGGACGUGUACGGCAUGGUCCAGCCGGUGGCCAAGGACCUCUACGUGCGCUGCGAGCCGGUGGCCAAGGACCUGUACGCGCGCUACGAGCCGGCGGCCGAGCACCUCGCCGUCUCCGCCUGGCGCUCGCUCAACGGGCUGCCGGUGUUCCCGCAGGUGGCGCACAUCGUCGUGCCCACCGCCGCCUACUGGUGCGAGAAGUACAACAGGGUGAUCUCGUUCGCGGCCGGGCGGGGGUUCCCCGGCGCACGGUUCCUCCCCGGCAUCCCCAUCGAGCGCAUCGCCAAGGCGUUCGGGACGAACUCGGCCGGGGAGCGCUCGCCGGAUGCCAAGCCGACGGGACUUGAUGCCCAGACCUCCGAGGAGCGCUCGUCCGAUGCCAAGCCUAUGGGACUGGAUGCCCAGACCUCCUCCGAGGAGCGCUCGUCCGAUGCCAAGCCUAUGGGACUGGAUGCCCAGACCUCCUCCGAGGAGCGUUCGCCCGAUGCCAAGGCUGUGGGACCUGAUGCGCAGACCGGGGAGGAGAGCUCGCCGGAUGCCAAGCCUGUGGAAUCUGACGCCCAGACCGCCGGGGAGAGCCAGCCGGAGGCGGCCAAGCCUAUGGAUCCUAAUGAUAAUGAUGUUGUACUAGCUACUAUGCUUUUGUGUGGUGCGCGUCUCUAA